AUGGCUUAUGACCGAUACAUGGCUGUGUGCAAGCCCCUGCUCUACACCACUACCAUGACCAGGGUCCGUUGCUAUGGCAUAAUGGUGCUGGUGUACAGCAUCGGGUUCCUCACCUCCCUGGUGCACAUCAUGCUGGCGGGGAGGUUGUCCUUCUGUCAGGCCAGGAGCAUCAACCACUUCUGCUGUGAGCUGCCCACCCUCCUGCAGCUCUCCUGCUCAGACACAAGCACAAAUGAGGUCUUCCAGGUAUACAACGCUGUGUUUAAUGCCAUGGGCCCUCUCCUGAUGAUCCUGGUGUCCUACACCUACAUCCUCCACACCGUCUUGCAGAUCCCUUUGGCCACGAGGAGGCUGAAGGUCUUCUCUACUUGCACCUCCCACUUGGCUGCCAUCAUCAUCUUCUACGCACCCGCGAUCCUCACCUAUGUCCAGCCUCAUGAAGCAUCCUCAUGGGAUCAGGCAAAGCUGGUGUCGGUGUGUUACUGCAUCCUCACCCCAGCCCUCAACCCCCUCAUCUACAGCUUGAGGAACAAGGAGGUGAAGGGGGCUCUG